CUCGGCGCCCCUGCUAUCGACUGCGAGCCUAUCGUCCUAGGCGGCGCUUGAUUGCGGCAUACUAUACCUACCUGUUCAUUAUCCCAUUUUCUCUGGCGAUACCUAUUUACGACGAUGUGGUGCGAUAACUGUCUGCUCGUAUUCCCGCUGCGUGCCGGAGCCAUGGCAUGGGCUGCCUUGUUAAUGCUGUACAGCGCCAUCGGAGGCAUGUUCCUGAUACUGUGGGGUCAAUGGUUUCUCUUCACCUUCCCGGAGUGGUUCAUCUACGGGGGCAUCGGUUUGGCGGUUGCGGCUAUAGCGCUGAUCAACAUAUUCGCGCUCUCGAACCGGUCAUAUAUCUGGACACGCGUCUGCAAAUCGACCUGGCCGUUCUUGAUUGUCAUCAGCGCGGUCCGCGCGAUCCUCAUCUUGGUAGAACUCCAGCGAGGCAAGGGGAAGAUCGCUUGGGAAUGCGACAACGGCCGGCAGAUAUGGCCUGAGUCAGAGAGCUACGCCAACGCGUAUGGAUUCCCAGCAGGGUUCUGCACACCGAUGAAUGCUCUCUUCAUCAUCUGGUUUGUCGCCCUAGUGAUAGACCUGGUGUGGCAGAUUUACAUGUUCUUCCUCACCUGGCGCUUCGCUAAGCGUUUGGAGCACUACCGCGGCAUGCAAGGUCCUUUCAAUGGAGGCUACUACAAGGCGUAAAUGUGCUGUGGCUUACCGGACGCUGUCAAGCGGCGGUGAAGGGCCGAGUCGGACGCAACUCUGGGUCUCUCCCCGUUCACCUGGACGUUCAACGCCGCGCAGAUCGCGGAUUCACGGACACCUGCGUUGGCUCAAAGACAUUUUACUUCUAUCGCCCCUCUGCCACCUCGUAACGUAUUUCCGUAUUUAUUCCUUAUCCUUACGAUCCAUUACGACCUUACGAAACCGCUUACGUCUAACGACCUGUUGUAUCGGCUUUUCUUUCUUUGGUCCCGUGCGCUGUACGGGACGCUGCUUCCGGAGUUUACCGCUUGUGAUUUGUUCGCCGUCUGCUUGGAAUGUUCACGUUACCGAGUAUCGGGCGCUCGUAGCUUGCAAUACUAUUGUUGUAUGGCUUUC